AUGUGCGCACAGAUUGUUGUUGAUGUUUUUCAAGACGACGUAUCCGACGAACAGUUUUUAUUAGAAUUCAAAGAAUUUGAUCCGUUAUAUGCUGGGGAUGGUGCUGGCAUUCUCACGCCAACGAAUGGGUACAUAUGCGAGUUUAAGACGAAAGGGGACGCGCAACGAGUCAUUCAAAAAUUUAAAAAGUUGAUGUUUAAAGGUGUUUCUAUUUCAUUUAAAAUCGACGAAUUACAGUCGGUGAAGAAGUUCAUUAAGUUCUAUGGCAUCCCAAAGGACACAACAACGGACGAGUUCAAAAAGCUCUUCAUUGAUUAUGGAAUAGUCGAUGUCCGUCUUUUGUACCAACCUAUUGUUGUGAAACCAAAUAAGAAGUACGUCAUAGUGAAGGACAUGAAAACAGUAGAAAAGAUACUCAGCAUGAGUAAAAGCUUCGGGAACAAGAAUUGGGUCUUUAGCAUCCCAGCAAAGUCAAUGCAAGUCGAUGAGUUGAAGAGAGUGAUGAACUCCAAUAGCGAUAAAAAUGUUCUCUUAAACUGUUUGAAUGAACAUCUUGAAAGUGAUGGGAAGGAACAAAGAGAAAAUGAUGAUAAAAAGACUCGAAGGGAAGAUGACCAAAUGGAGGAAAAGAAAUGCUUUGUAUGUGGAGAUGAGGAACAUAACGCGACGAAUUGCCCAUUUAAAUUGAAUUAUAAUAUCCAAAAGGAAAAGGAAAGGAAAGAUAAAGUGAAUGAAUUACUUACAAAAGAUCAAUACAAAAAACUCCAAAAAUUGGUGGUCGAACUCGUUAAUAAACAGAAGGAUAAAAUCAAAGAAGAAAUACUCAAAGAAAUGAAGGAAAAUAUUCGAAAAGAAAUGAUGGAGGAAAUCACGAGAAAUUGUAAAGAGUUGGAUGAAUAA